AUGGAUAUCAUCCACAAGCAAGAGUUUCGCGUGCGCGAUCUCCCCACCCGGACGGUCACCUUGUUCCCGAGCCGUGCGCAAGUCGUCCGCGACAUCAAAGAUGUUUCUCUCAAGCCCGGUGCAAACCAAAUUACCGUGGUCGGCUUGUCGCCGACGGUCGACGAAAACUCCAUCAAGGUCGAGGGCACCGGCUCUGCCAUUAUUUCGGACAUUGCCAUUGAGCUGCUGCCCAACCGCGAGAUCUUCCAGGACAUCUACCCCGAGUCGGACGACGACGACAAGAGCGACACCGAAGAGGAAGAGGACAGCAGCGAUGAGGAGGAGGCGGCCGAGCUGAAGGAGGUGCGCAAGAAGCUGCAGGCACUGCGCGACGAGGUCAAGCGCGCGAACGAGGUGGUGGCGAGCGCCGAGAGCCGGCUCAAGUUCCUGGACGCGUACGGCAAGAUGCUGGACCGCAAGCGGAACGUGGAGAUUGACGCGGGCGUGGAGACGUACCGGGCGGAGCGGGCCAAGGUGUUCGACGACCACAUGGCCGGCACGAUCCGGGUGCGCGAGCUGAACGAGCAGAUCUGGGAGCUGGGCAAGGACGAGGGCAAGCUGCUGCGGAUCCAGGCCAAGGCGGUGAACAAGGCGCGGCGGGCGCGCGAAAAGGCCAAGGCGGCCAAGCGCAAAGAAAAACUCAAGGUGCAGCGGCGCAAGGCGGAGGCGCACCGGGAAAAGCUGCGGGUGCAGCGCGAGCGCGAAAAGUACUGGCCGCGCAAGUGCUACACGGUGCGCAUCACCCUGGACGCGCCGUCGUACACGCCGUCGUCGUCGCGGCGGACGUCGAUAACCAGCGUGACGGAGCUGGCGGCCGCCCCCAAGGACAAGGACCUGGGCGCGGGCGUCGCCGUCGAAGAGGGGGCCGACAAGGGGGCCGACAGUGGCGGCGCGGUGACGACGAGCGGCCCGACGUGCGACCUGUCCAUUUCGUACGUGACGUCGUCCGCCUUCUGGUCGCCGACGUAUGACUUGCAGCUGUCGACGACCAACAACACGGCGACGCUCUGCUUCGACGCGCAGCUCACCAACACGACGGCGGAGGCGUGGACGGGCUGCAAAGUGAUUCUGUCGACGAGCCAGACGACGUUCUCGGGGCUCAACGACACGAUCCCGACGCUGCUGCCGUGGCGCGUCAAGCUGCGCCGGGGCUACGGCUACGACGCGGUCCUCCACAGCCGCGAGGAGGUGUCGCACAAACGCGACUGGAAGGAGCAGCAGAACGCGCUGGUCACGAAGCAGAAGCCGCGCGGCGAGCUGUUUGGCGUGUCGUCGUCCGCGGGCACCACACACUACGAUGCGUAUGCCGGCCCCAAAGCGGGCGGCGGCCGCCCUGGCUGGACCGAGUCGUAUAAUUACGCCAUGCCCCAGCAGCAAAUGAUGCAGCAGCAGGCGCCGGUGGCGAAGGCGACUGGCGGCGCCCUGUUUGGCAGCGCGGCGCCGGUCGCGUCGUCCUUUGGGGCGACGACCUCGAACACUGGCGCCAUCUUUGGAGGUGCGCCCCGGGCAGCGCUGCCACCUCCGGCGCCGGCAGCUCGAAUGAAGAAACCGACCCUGGGUUUUGGGGCGUCGAACGAUGCGCGCCGGUAUAACGACCGAGAAAACGAAUUUCAAGAGGACGAAGAAGACGGUGGCUCGAGCGACGGCGCCGGGGAGGGUGCGGCGGCGUACAUGGAGGAGAUGACGCUGGGCGGCGAGCUGCAGCCGGAGCUCGAGUUCCAGGAGUCGUCGUUUGAGGAGACGGGCAUGACGACGACGUACGACCUGCCGGGGCUCAAGACGCUGGCGCCCGGGUCGACGGCGUCGAAGCAGCGGGUGGCGCGGAUUGCGUUCCGCGAGGUGGUGUUCAGCCACACGAUUGUGGCCAAGUACAAGCCGGUGGCGUACCUCAAGGCCAAGCUCAAGAACGGCAGCAAGCUGACGCUGCUCAAGGGCACGGCGGGGCUGACGCUGGACGGCUCGUUCCUGGGGCGCACGACGCUGCCGCGGUGCAGCGCGGGCGACACGUUCCCGCUGAGCCUGGGCGUGGACCCGGCGAUCCGCGUGGCGUACCCCAAGCCGGACGUCAAGCGGGCGACGACGGGCCUCUUCUCCAAAGAGGACAGCAGCGUGUACCGGCGGUCGGUGACGAUUUCCAACACGCGGGCGAGCGCGGGCAAGCCGGUGACGCUGCUGGUGCUGGACCAGGUGCCGGUGAGCGAGGACGAGAAGCUGCGGGUGGAGCUGCAGCAGCCGCGCGGCGUGUCGGUGGGCGGCGGGUCCGUGCCGGCGGGUGUCGGCAUGGUGACGGCGACGGGGACGGGCACGGAGACGGCGACGGGGACGGCGGCCAAGGACUGGGGCACGGCGUCGGCGACGCUCAAAAAGGCGGGCGAGAUUGUGUGGGACGUCAAGCUCAAUGCGGGCCGGUCGGUCAAGCUGGACCUCGCGUACGACGGAGACGCGCCAUCCCAUCGUGAGGGAGGAGAGGGAGGCGAUGUGACGGACGGGGAGAAUGACAACGACGACCUGGAGGAAGAGACGCAGGCGAAUCGCGGCGGGCAUGGCACACUCAGCACAAACACAACGGACAAGACCAACACCGGCAGCUUCAGCAACACCAACAAGGGCGCAGACAGGCAGAGCACAAAUGCAAACUCGAACCGCGGCUCGCUCCGGGGUCUGGCCAGCUUGUUUAUGGGCAUCAGUUCGAAGAAGUAG